AGCAGCAGCAGUAGUAGCAGUAGCAAUAGUAGUAGUAGUAGCAGUAGUAGCAGUAGCAGUAGCAGUAGCAGUAGCAGUAGCAGUAGCAGUAGCAGUAGCAGUAGCAGUAGCAGUAGUAGUAGUAGUAGUAGUAGUAGUAGUAGCAAUAAGAGUAGUAGUAGUAGUAGCAGAAGUAGCAGUAGUAGUAGUAGUAGUAGUAGUAGUAGUAGUAGUAGUAGUAGCAGUAGCAGUAAGAGUAGAAGUAGUAGUAGUAGCAGCAGCAAUAGCAGUAGCAGUAGCAGUUGCAGUUGCAGUAGCAGUAAUAGUAGUAGCAGUAAAAGCAGUAGCAGUAGUAGCAGUAGUAGUAGUAGUAGCAGUAGUAGCAGUAGUAGCACUAGUAGUAGCAGUAGCAGCAGCAGCAGCAGCAGUAGUAGUAGUAGUAGCAGUAGCAAUAAGAAUAGUAGUAGAAGUAGUAGUAGUAGCAGCAGCAGUAGUAGCAGCAGCAGUAGUAGUAGUAGGAGCAGUAGUAGCAGCAAUAGCAGUAGCAGUAGUAGUAGUAGUAGUAGUAGUAGGAGGAGCAAUAGCAGCAACAGUAGCAGCAGCAGUAGCAGCAGCAGCAGCAGCAGCAGUAGUAGUAGUAGUAGUAGUAAGAGCUGUAGCAGCAGCAGCAGCAGUAGCAGGUGUAGUAGCAGUAGCAGUAGCAGUAGUAGCAGUAGCAGCAGCAGCAGCAGCAGGAGCAGUAGCAGUAGUAGCAGUAGCAGCAGUAGCAGUAAGAGUAGUAGUAGUAGUAGUACCAGCAGUAGCAGUAGCAGCAGCAGCAGCAGUAGCAGCAGCAGUAGCAGUAGCAGCAAUAGUAGCAAUAGUAGCAGCAGU